CUCUCAGUCUGAAUUUGUAAAUUUAACGAUUAUGUUGCACAAAAACAAGCUUAAGCUCUCUAUUAAAGCGCUUUUAAUAAUAUGUUCAUUUAUUGAACUGACUUAUUAUGAAUAUACACUCGAUGACACAACUUCAACAUUAUCUACUAUACAAAGAUUUUGGCAUGAAAAUCAUGAUGAUUGUAAAUUUAAUACAAGUGUUCUUAUUAAAAUGUUCAAACAGUUAAUGGAUAUAACUUGCACUGAUGAAGAUCAAUUUUUGGUCUUGCUGACACAUUCCAUAAGAAAACACUUAAUACUUAUGAUGUCGCAACAACUAGAGGCCGCCAUUAAGGAAAAAACUUUAGGAACUAAUAAAAUAUUGGAAAAAAAUAUGAAUAAACUGCAGGAGAUAGAUAAAAGAGCAGUAAAAUCUAUAUGGGCCUUAACCAUAGAUCGUGUUGAUAUUGAAGUUGUUAUUGAAGAAAUUGUGCUGCUUAAAGAUGAGGAACUACAAAUCGAAGCGUUUCAGAAGCUCAUUGAUAAAUGUUUACUCGACACAACCAAAACCAGCAAUCUAAUGUCACUGCUAACAUUUCAUAUUGUUAAAAGAUUCAAAAAUAGAAUCUCUUGUUCGUCUGAAAACAGUUUGGAUCGUUUAUAUUGUCAUUUACCUCAGGAAUUACUUUUGUUAUAUGAAGACCUCAAACAGCCGUAUAUUUUAACAAAUCAUGUCAGACUUCCCAAAGGCAAACAAACAAUUUGCACUUUAGUGACUUUUGAGGAUAAAGCUUUUGUGGCAUUUGGUAUAAAACUAGGCGGUUCUGUUGAGUAUAUAUAUGGCGAUGACAGUAAACGAGUGUAUUUUAUGAAAAGUUCAAACUUUAAAUCGAAUCAAUUGUGGCAGGUUAUUUGGCCUUUCAACAACUAUAGACAUGAUGCUUCUGGCUAUAUAAUGUUUCAAAAUAAAAUGACAAAAAAACUAUUGUGCCUUGAGGAUUUGAAGCUAGUACAAUUAAGUGCAACGGAAAAUAUGCAGAAACCGGAAUGCUAUUGGCGAAUAUCGUAUGCAACUGAAACUGAGAUAAGUGAAGAAUGUUAAGAACUAUUUAUAUUAAAACUUUUUAAAAUACUUACAGAUAUAUAUUGCCAGUUCACAUUUCGUCUUUUCAUAUCUGUAGAAUAGACAAUCGACUAGACUAUAUACUGUACUAUAUACUAGACUAUACACUUAACUAUAUAAUAGACUAAAACUAGA